CCACUGGCAGGUGGCCCUCAGACUCCCUGCCCCAUUCUGUGAAUUAAUAGAAAGAGAGCAAUUUAAUGAAUUGCCAUUGUGUGUGUGUAAAGGAUUAAACACCUGCUCACCACUUCUCCAGUUGAAUUUUGAGUUUCAUGUGAGAUAGAAAGUGUCUAGUCCAGAUCACCAAGUGAGCAGAGAUUUGAGCCUGGGCCUGUCCUGCCCUAGUCCCAAUCACUCCACCCCAUAGUCUUCGCCCUCUUUUCCCUGGAAUCUUUCAUCCUUUGCAAAACGUGUUUAAUGUGAGUUUCAAGUGAAACGGGAAGUGGCACAGUACGACGACUUCUCUUUCUCAGGUUUUGAAGAGAGAAUUGGAGAGCCACUUAGAGUGCUGAAAAAAGGCCCAGCUGAGAAGGGAGAUGAAAGAACAGAGAAGGAGCAAGUGACAACCCUGAUGACAGCAGCGGAUGCUAAUCAGCUUCAAAGCAGUGUUUCCAGAACAGAUCCCAACUUGACCAUAGAGAGGACUGCGAAGCUGGAAAUGGCUGACGCUUUAGACCUCAGUGAGAACAUGUACCUCAACCUGAUCCAGGAUCUCGCCAACCUGGUGAACGUCAAGGAGCUGACGGGGAUGCAGACGGUGAAGCACCUUCCUUAUGAUGAGAGGGAGAAGCUUGGGGUGCGACGGCAGAAGGACCUUGGGCUGCUCUUCGACAAGAUCAGGAAGCUCAAGGAUCGCCUCGAGAGGAAAGAGUCGCUGCUGAAAGAGUACGAAAGGGACGUCGGGCAGUUCAGGACAAACAAGCAGACUCUGCAAGCCUGCCAGUCUGAGCUGGCCAAAUUGGCUGACAAGAUCUACCGAGAAGCUGAAGAGAAGGCUUUGCUGAAAGAAGCUCUGGAGAGGACUAAAUUGCAGCUGACUCAGGAGAAGAAGCUGAACAGGGCUCUUAAACAGCACAAGAAUCAGUUAGAGGAGAGGAAGAGUGAGAUUUCGUCAUGUUACGCCUGCACUCUGAAAUUCAGGGAUAGCAAGAUGGCAGCCCCUAAGAAACCAUUCCCUGAAAAGCAGGUGGUUGCGGGGCCAGGAGCAGCCUGUAAGAAACGAGUGCACUGCAGCACCUCUGCGUAGGAACAAUUCUGCUUACCCAAGGAAAGCGACAGAGAAGGAAGAUUCUGGCCAGCUCCUUGUCUAAGCUUGUAAAUAGAAGAUGCUGCUACAACAUUGCAUAAAACACCUGGUGUCUUAUUAUACAGAAUUUAUUUAUAUACAUAUAUGUAUAUGUAUAGACUUAUUUGUACAGAUAAUACUCAUAUAUGGUACAUUGUAUCUUGAUUACGAGAAAUGUAUAGAGACUCAACUCAAAAUUAUGUAUAAAUUCUUAAGAUCUUC